AUGUGCUCCACAAGCCUAAGCUUCAUUGCUUCCGACCGAGGUUUAUUCAAGAAGUUCCCAUGUUCUUACCAUUAUUGAAGUUUUAACCAAUUCUUUCGGGGCAUAUAUUAUAAUUUCAAAAACUCCAAAAAAAUUGGAAUCUGUGAAGGCUGGAAUGUUACUGUUACACUUUGUUGGAGCUUUCGUCGAUAUCUACUUUAGCUGUUUAACUAUACCAGUGUUAUAUUUACCUGUCUGUGGAGGCCUCCCGCUUGGAUUACUUUCAUUUUUUGGAGUUCCAGUUUCCGUACAAACUUAUGCCGGUAUUUCGAUAAUUGGAGGUUUGUGCAACCGUCCCGUUGUCGACCCUUGAAACAUUUUUUACAGUUCUAAUUGCCACAAUUUUGAUAUUUCUUGAAGACCGUCGGUACCGAUUGGUUCACGGCCAUAAAUUCAGCAAAACGAGAAAAUGGCACCGACUUCUGUAUGUAACAGCGCUAUAUUUUUUGGCAGCAACGUUCCCUGCUCCUGCAUUUGUGAAUCUCCCUGAUCAAAAAGACGCCAAAAUGAUUGCUCAAAAUGUGUGGUUUAUAGAUUAAAAAAAGGAAGUCAUGCUUUAGAAAACAAUUCUGUUUCAGAAAAAUUGGUGUAUUCCAACUGAUAAUUUCAAUCAUUCCAAGUUCUUUUUACUAGAUAGUACUGGAACCUUCAUUGUUAUUUGUAUGGUAUCCAUGUUGAGCAUUGUUAUCUCCCAAAUGUUUGUGCAAAUUGCGCUGAUCUUCCGUGAAUUGCUUAAAUACACGCCCAUCUCUAGAAAUACACAGCGUCUACAAAAACAGUAUUUUGUUGCCAUUAGCUUACAAUUGGCCAUUCCAAUCGUUAUCAUUGCAUUUCCAGUUAUUUACAUUGUUCUUUCAAUUGUUUUAGGUUAUUAUAAUCAAGGUAAUUAUAUUCAAAAUUUGCAGCAUUAGAAAACUUUGGGUGAUUUUAGGUGGAAAUAAUCUGGCAUUCCUUAUUUUCUCACUACAUGGAGUUCUAUCAACUUUAACAAUGUUAAUGGUUCACACGCCUUACAGAAAAUCAUUAUUCGAAAUGUUACACCUGGAAUCAUUUCAGUCAGCCAGUAACAGCCAAUCUAUCUGGAGACUUUCUAGUUGA